AUGAUUGCAGGUAAUGCAUUCAUGCGGCUUAAGACAACAAACUUGCAAAAGUUUACAUAUACUAAAAGAGAAUUUCUCCAUCUACCUGCCACUCCCACCAGCCAUAUCUGCAACAUUCUUGCUUCUGGAUGUGACUCGAAUUUUGAAGUGGUGUAUAUUUUGUAUUUAACAGUGCUAGAGACUUAUGAUUUCAGAAUAUUUUCUGGAAGAAAUUCUGAUAAAAACAUUGGAGCAAUAUAUGGCUGA